UUUUGUGAUAACUGAUACACGACAAUAAUACUAAUCACAAUUGCCUAUUAGUUAUUUGCUAAGCCAAGUUUCAUUAUUAUUAUUCUGUCUUUACGUUACACCAAUUAUUGUAUUACAAUUUGAUUCGUCUAUGAAUCUUUAAAAACGUCGAUACUUGAACACAAUUAUCACAAACUUCUUUGUAAUUAGAAAUGGCUGGGUGUUCUAGGGACAGUCAAAAUAUCGAUUCUGAUAAUAUACAAACCAAUUUUCAGAGAUCAUCUUGUUGUUAUGUGUGCAAUGGUUAUUACGGAUCAUGUUUUGAUGAACAAAUUUGUCAAACAUGUCAUUUGUUUCUUUUUUCUGAAGAGCUCACACAGGCUGUCCAAGAAGAUGUGCAUAACACAAUGGGAGUUGAGGAUGGUGAUAGUGGAAAUGAUGAACCAGCAGAUAUAUUUUAUAAUGGCUUUCAACGACCUGUUCAAGAUGUACCACUUGAUGCACGUGAACAAGUUGCUCCAUCACAAGAUCUUGCACGGCGACUUCAGUUACUAUCAGAAUCAUCUGCUCUGUGUCCUCAACCCUUUGAUGAUGAUAGUGAUUAUUUCCAAGAACUUCCUCCAGAAGUGUUAUUGACUGUAUUUUCGUAUUUGGAUGACUUCAGUUUGUGGUGUGUAAGUAAGGUAUGUACACGUUGGAACCAAUUAUUACGUUCACAUAUCCCACAAACAUGGCGUAGGUUUGUAGUUGAUUGUUGGCCUCUUUACCAGCCUUUAAAACCUGUUGAUGAUUGGCUUUCAGUUAGCUCAGCACUAUUUAGCAGUUCUUCGUGCUUAUUAUGUAUACGCCGAAUGUAUUAUCGACCACAUGCUGAAUGUCAAGAAAAUUCAUGGAGAAGAAGACGAUUACGACAUGAAGUUAAAAAUUUAAAGACUGAUCCACCUGAAGGUAUCAGAGCAAUAUCUCUGGACAAUCAUUGGUGUCACUGGCAAGCCACAAUUUUAGGACCGGCUGGUAGUCCAUUUGAAGGAGGGAAAUUUUUUCUGUAUAUACAAAUACCUUAUGGCUAUCCAAUGACUCCUCCAGUGGUCAGAUUUUUAACUAAAAUAUUUCACCCUAAUAUUUCUCGUCAUGGAGACAUUGGAUUAGAUUCACUCCAUUAUAAUUGGAGCUUAGCAUUGACCAUUGCUAAAGUAUUGAUUUCAAUUCAGUCACUGCUUACUGAUCCAUUUUGUGAUGUAUGCAUGGAACCUGACAUUGCACGUCUCUACAAAAAUGACCGACAGACAUACAAUACUAUUGCACGAUAUUGGACUCAUCGAUUUGCUAUGAACGAUAUAUUAACUUGGACUAAUUAAGUAUUUGUUUUUCAUUAUUUUCUUUCCCUCUUAUCAAAUAUAAAGAUCUGGUUGCCAAUCCCCUUAGUAUCAUGUUGAACAUAGCUUGUAAAGCAGUGUUAAACAAAGUUAUACUAAACUUUAAGAAAGGAUAAAUAUCAGUAAAGUAAUGUACCUAAUAUGUUAUAACUGUGUGAAAAAUAUAUCUUUUUUUGUUGCUAAACAUUAGAUUUGAGUUUGUUAUAAUUUUUAUUUAUAGUCCAAUUUAUAUGUCUAAAAUAAUGUAUUAUAAAUUAAAAUAAUGUUAAAGUGUAAAAUAAAAUAGCUUUAAAGAUAUUAAUAUGACACUUGAUUAAAUUAAAAGUUACAAUUAAAGUUCAACAACAUAUAAACUUAUGUAAUGUAUGAAAGAUACAAAAUUGAAUUAUUUUUAUUUUGUGAUGAUAUAUUUUAAUUUUUAAUAAAUAUUUUGUACAAAC